AUGGCAAAUAUACCCCAAGCUAAAACAUCAUCGCUCCCCGAUGCAAAGACAAAAGAGAUGAACUUCCUCGACUCCUCCUUUUUCAAAACUCAUCCAGGAAAACCCCUGCCUAGCCCAGCAGAGGUUGCCGCUCGUUCAAAAGACUUCUCUAAACAUCGACCCACACCCGUCAAAUUUGACGAUCUCAAUCUCAUCGUGAAGUUUGGUUGUCGUGUGGUGGUUGAAGAGGCUAUAUCCAUGCGUAUGCUUCGGAAAAUUCUUGCUGAUAAGGUUCCUAUACCGGAAGUGUAUGGCUGGAAAGUCGACGGAGACUACGUGUUUAUUUAUAUGGAGCUUAUCCAGGGGGAAUCGCUGUACAAUCGUUGGGAUCAUCUAAUUGAGCUGGAUAGAGAAUCGAUUUGUCAUGAGCUUCGCGAUAUUGUUUCGUCAAUUCGGCAAGUUGAACAAGAUCCUAUAGAUCCAUUUAUUGGAUCAAUGACUCGUAAAUGUUUACUUGAUUACAUCUUUGAACACAUACCACCAGGAGGCCCUUUCAAGAGCAUCAAAGAGUUUAAUGACUGGUUUUCUACACUGCCUCAACGAUGGCUACCUGAUUCACAAAAAUAUUCAGACCCUUAUCGACCAUAUUUACCAGACACUGGAACAAUCAAGUUGACCCAUGGAGACCUACAUCAGGGUAACAUUAUGAUCUCUUCAACAAGCCCCCCUCGCGUCCUCGCGGUGAUUGACUGGGCUCAUGCUGGCUGGUAUCCCGACUACUGGGAGUAUUGCAAGGCUCUAUACACGACCACAAUUGAGGGAGAGUGGCGCAACGUUUGGAUACCUAAAUUUUUGGGCCCAUAUACGACCGAGUUUAAAGUUUUUGCUGAAUAUAUUAUGCAGAUAGGAGCCGUAUAA